AUCCGUUGUAAAGGCCAUCCGGGAGAUGAACGCUUCGGCGUGUCACGUCCUGGAAGGGACACACAGCUGAAUGAGUGCAUGAUCAACAGCAGGCCAUCUCCUCUUUUGUGAGGCAAGCCAAAUCCAUCGAUCACCGCAAACGUACCUCAUGAAUUCAACUUACAAAAUUGAUUGAUUCAAUUGAAUGAAUGAACUGGAGAAUCAUGGUGGGGAGGCUGCUUUCCAAGAUCUGUGAAGAGUCGAAACAGACAUGGCGCUUAGCAGGGGCCGCAAUCCUCACCGGUCUGUUCCAGUUCUCCAUUGCUAUGGUCACCGCGGCCUUCGUCGGCCACUUGGGAGCCCUCCAACUCUCCGCUAUCUCCGUCGCACAAGGCGUCAUUGCCGGCUUCGCCUACGGAGCCAUGCUUGGCAUGGGAAGUGCCUUGGAGACCCUCUGCGGCCAAGCCGCGGGUGCUGGCCAACUCCAAAUGCUAGGAAUCUACAUGCAACGCUCCUGGGUCAUCUCCUUAACCACCGCCACACUUCUCACACCACUCUACCUCUUCUCUGCUCCCAUCUUGAGGCUGCUUCGCCAGUCUCAGAGCGUAUCCCAUGUAGCAGGCAAAUACUGCAGAUGGAUCCUGCCUCAAUUAUUCGCUUUCGCCAUCAAUUUCCCUCUCCAAAAGUUCUUUCAGUCGCAGAGCAAGGUCUGGGUCAUUACAGCCAUCUCCGGAGCUGUUCUCGGAAUCCACGCUCUGCUAAAUUGGGUCUUCGUCGUCAAGCUCGACUAUGGAUUGCUGGGAGCAGCCAUGGUGGAGAAUGUCUCAUGGUGGCUUAUAGACUUGGCACAGAUCGUCUAUUUAGUCUCCGGUUUCUUUCCUGAAGCAUGGAGAGGGUUUUCCACUUUGGCAUUCAGAAACCUGGGUGCAUUUGUGAGGCUUUCUCUCGCGUCUGCCAUCAUGUUAUGUAUGGAGUUGUGGUACUACACUGCAAUAAUCAUUUUAGUAGGUUGCUUGAAGAAUCCGGAAAUCGCAAUCUCUGCCAUUUCUAUUUGCAUUAACUAUGCAUCAUGGGCAUUGAUGAUCGCUCUCGGCUUCAAUGCAGCAGUAAGCGUUCGAGUAUCGAAUGAGCUCGGUGCUAAUCGUCCCAAAGCGGCCAAGUUUUCUGUGAUCAUUGCUGUUUCUACAUCCGCCCUCCUUGGACUCCUUUUCACGGCGACGACUCUCAUCUUUAGGAAGCAACUGCCCAAACUGUUCACAGAUGAUCCUGAGGUGAUCAGAAAAACAUCAAAGUUAGGGUAUCUUCUCAGUGCCACAAUUGCCUUGAACAGCAUGCAGCCUGUUCUCUCAGGAGUUGCGAUAGGAGCAGGUUGGCAAAGCUUAGUUGCCUUUAUAAACACCGCAUGCUACUACCUCUUUGGAUUGCCCAUUGGAGCUGUUCUUGGGUUCAAGCUUUUUAAGCUCAAUGAAAUUGGAAUUUGGACUGGGAUGCUGAUUGGAACCCUGGCACAGACGGUUGUUCUUGUAGUGAUCAUAUGGAGAACCAAAUGGCAGAAAGAGGCCUUGCAAGCGGAAGAGCGAGUGAGAACAUGGGGAGGACGAAUUGGACCGCCAUCUCCAUAGAACUAAAGCGUAAAAAAAAUUAUUUGAGGAUUUAAUUUCCUAGUAAACGAGGGUAAGAAAAUUAGAUAGCAGAUGAGCUACAAUAAUGUAGAGAAUUGUCUAAUUGGCAAUUAAAUACUGAGAUCUGUCAUUUGUCCUUUUUUUUAUAUACAUUAUUAAUGAUCAAAGUGACCAAUUAGUUUGAUUUUAGUUA